AUGGAUGAAUACGAGGACUUUACUGAUCAGAAAGUUAAAGAUGAGGUCCUACCGAAGGAUGAGAAACAAAAAAUUAAGGAAUUUUUAAAGGAGAAGGAUAGAGAAAGGAAGAGAGAACUGAAGCAGGCUAAAGAAGCCAGGAAUAAAGCUAUUGAUGAUAUGGAUCCUAAAGAGAAAGAGGCAUUUGAAAAUAUCGAAUUUUACAAAUUUUAUCCUAUGAAAACCCCGGACACACCAGAUGUUGAUAGUGUAAAGUCAAAGUACAUCAACAGAUAUUACCGGCACACACAUUAUCUGAUGUAG